GGACAACCAGCUGCGCCCCAGAGCUCUUCGCGCGCAGGUGGCAGCCUUGGUACUGGGAAGGCUGCAGCUCCCGAUUCCCGCCCAGGGGCCUGUAGGCCCUGGCCCGGGCGGCUAUGGCAGUGGCUACCGCGGUGGCACUACUGGCCGCUCUGGGUGGGGCGCUGUGGCUGGCGGCCCGACGGUUCGUGGGACCCAGGGCCCAGCGUCUGCACGGAAGCGGGGACGCCGGCCUCAUGCACGGGAAGACUGUGCUUAUCACUGGGGCGAACAGCGGCCUGGGCCGCGCCACCGCCGCGGAGCUGCUGCGCCUAGGGGCGCGGGUGAUCAUGGGCUGUCGGGACCGCGCGCGUGCCGAGGAGGCGGCUGGACAGCUCCGCCGCGAGCUCAGUCAGGCCGGAGAGUCCGGGCCAGGCCCGGGCCCCGGUCCCGGCCCCGGCGGGGCGGGCGAGCUCGUCGUCAAGGAGUUGGACCUCGCCUCGCUGCGCUCGGUGCGCGCCUUCUGCCAGGAGAUGCUCCAGGAAGAACCUAGGCUGGAUGUCUUGAUCAAUAAUGCAGGAAUCUUCCAAUGUCCUUAUAUGAAGACUGAAGAUGGGUUUGAGAUGCAGUUUGGAGUGAACCACCUGGGCCACUUCCUACUCACCAACCUUCUCCUUGGACUCCUUAAAAAUUCAGCUCCCAGCAGGAUUGUAGUAGUUUCUUCCAAACUUUAUAAAUAUGGAGAGAUCAACUUUGAAGACUUGAACAGUGAACAAAGCUAUAAUAAAAGCUCUUGUUAUAGUCGGAGCAAGCUGGCUAACAUUCUUUUUACCAGGGAACUAGCCCGCCGCUUAGAAGGCACAAACGUCACUGUCAAUGUAUUACAUCCUGGUAUUGUACGGACUAAUCUUGGUAGGCACAUACACGUUCCACUGUUGGCCAAACCACUCUUCGAUUUGGUGUCAUGGGCUUUUUUCAAAACUCCGUUAGAAGGUGCACAGACUUCCAUUUAUUUAGCCUCUUCACCUGAGGUAGAAGGUGUGUCUGGAAGAUACUUUGGGGAUUGCAAAGAAGAAGAACUAUUGCCCAAAGCUAUGGACGAUUCUGUUGCAAGAAAACUCUGGGACAUCAGUGAAGUGAUGGUUGGCAUAUUAAAAUAGGAACAAGGAGUAAAAGUGCUAUUUAUAAAACUGAAUAUCAAUGAUAUUUUGAUCAGGAAUAGUGUGACUUGAUCACUUGCUACUUGGAAAAAAAUGUUAUUACAAUAGUACUGCUGAGAGGUACAUGUGGACAUUUUGUAGUUACUAAAGUUACUUUCUGGAUAACAAAAUGUCAGCAAAGAUGUUUUAAAUAUAUACAAUAAGUAAAAUGAAUAAAAAAUAUAGUGAAAAGUGCAAUUAUAUUUUAAAAAUUGUAAUUGGGCAGGCAUGGAUGGCAAAUAUUAAGGCAUUUGUUGACUUAAAAUACUGUCUUUGAGGUUUCUCAAAUUUCAUUUGAGUUUUACGGCCAAAGUAUUAAAUAUUUUUACUAUAAUGCUGGUUUUGGCGUGGAAAUAAUAUGCCUGGCGUGUGUACACAAAAAUACUUGGAAUAAAUUUAUGGAUGCAAAUGUA